UUACGGGGGCAGAAAUUGCUUGGGAGAUAGGACUGGUUAUAGGCUCUUGUUGGAAAUUGAAAAGAAAAGAUUCAGAAGCUGAAGUUGGGAUGGAAGGGGACGUCACGAUUGAAGGUAUGUUGAGAAAAUUGUUGUCUAUUUGUUGUCUAGGAUACAUUUGA